UAGCCAUUAUGCACGUUGUGAUGGGACACAUCACCGUGAUCGUAACAGACAGUUACACGGGAGUGCUCAACUUGCUCAACAGUAUGAGAGCGUGGCAAAACAUGCUCGUACCCGCAGCAUUCAACAGCGUCGACACUUUCUUUUUCCUAAGCGGAUUUUUCUUGUGUCACAUUAUAAGGAAGCAGAAGGAAAACAGGGCUGCCGUGUUCAUCAUCGCCGUAAUUCGAAGGUUGAUCAGGAUGUGCGUUCCUCUAUUCUUCGUCAUCAUGUGGUUCUACUUGCUUCCUCGUAUCGUCGACGGACCGGACACCGAGACCUUCUUCCAGAGAUUUUACGCCGACAUGUCUGAACACUGGUGGCAUUUGCUUGUCCAAAUCAGGAACUUUUUCAAGCUAAAGCGCACGCACGUCGAGCCUGGCGAUAUGCAGCCUCUUGUUCAGGUGCACGAUUCUUCCUCGGACGACCUAUGGCUAGAAACUGCCUCGGCACGACCAGGCACGGCUCUUUUAUAA